CACUCUUCAAAGCUCCCCCCGGGUCUCAUUAAUACCAUUAAAUAUAUUCAUACAAUUUCUUCUAGUAUUAUUAUAUAUAAUUCAAAUUAUAUCAUUACUAUAAUUACCUUAUCCCUCCUCCAUACAUGGAUAUAUAUGUAUAACGGACUCCUAUCCCAUUUACUCUCACAUAUCGUCACAUUAAAUUCAAACCCCCCCAUCAAAUCUCCUCCUUCUCCUCUGUUCCUCCAAUUGUUAAAGUCUCUGUAUUCUCUCUCUCUCUCUUCUUAUCUAUCUGGUGGGUGGUGGUGGUGGUGGUUUCUGAAAGAUUUGUAUGGGGAUGGCGGCUGACGUCAGCUCGUUGGUUCGGACAAUGAAUGGGUACAAGGAGGAUCAACAGCAGCAGGCGAUGAGCGAAACGGGUGGUGUUGGGAAAUCGACGGUGCUGAUUACACGGGACUUGCUUGGAGGGUGUUGUACCCUUGACUCCAAGGAGCUCGACCUCGACUUGCAAGUACCCUCCGGUUGGGAAAAGCGUCUCGACUUGAAGUCAGGUAAAGUCUAUCUUCAGAGAUGCAACUCUCCAAACACCUCUUCGUCGUCAUCAGAAGUUAAGCACCAAACCAAUCAAACGGUUCCAAAGCUCCAAGACCUAAACUUCCCUCCAUCAUCAAGAAGACCAUUAAACCUCUUUGAGGACACCAGCUUAGACCUAAAGUUGGUUACAUUAUCGUCAUCAUCAUCAUCUUCCAAUUACCAAAGCGUAUGCACUCUUGACAAAGUAAAAUCUGCACUUGAAAGAGCAGAGAAAGAAACAAUUAAGAAGCGUUCCAUGUCAAUGUCAAAUUCAUCAUCACCGGUUUCAAACUCUUCAUCUUCAUGUAAACAAACUGAGAUUGACAACGAGGAGAACUCUUCGUCUGCAUUCGCUGCAGGCUGCCCAAGUUGCUUGCUUUACGUGCUAAUAUCAAAGAGCAAUCCUAAAUGCCCGCGAUGCAAUUCAACUGUUCCAUCGCCUAUGACAUUGAAGAAACCUAGAAUUGAUCUCAACAUAUCAAUAUGACAAGUAGCAGACAGUCAUUUUAUGGUUGAAUUCCCUGAUUUUGGUUCUUGUAAAUGAUAGAAAAUAGUUAUCAAUGGAAAAAUGGCAUGUAUACAUUGGUAGAUGAUUGGUAUUCUUAUUUGAAUAGCUAAUUCAAGUCUAAAUAGCAUUUCUCUCUUUGAUAUUUCUAGCUUGUUUUAGGUACCAUUGAAUUUUUUGAUGGAAUCCAUUUACUUACUUAUUGUUCUAUGAUGUAAUUUAUGUUACACGGCCAUAUGUAAAAAUUGUUUUCUGAUUGAAGCCCACCACCCUUCUGAAGCAUGUUUUUGUAAUUGAAUUGUAG